CUCCAAGCUAUAUGCAUGGCCUUCUCUUCCCUCCAAAGCCAUCAAACUGUAGUUGUAAACCAGAAGGUCUCCUCAUAAAAUUAACAGAGAGAAGACAUGGCCGUUUCUAUCACCUGCUGCCUCAAACCCUCUUCCCCUCCAUCUCCUCCUCCUCCUCCUCCAAGCCCCUCUCCGUUGACCAAGACCACUCUAACACCACUGUCCACCAGCAAAGAAGUGAGCUGGAGAAGCCGGUGCGUCGCGACUGCAGCAUGCGUCAUAAUAGGCUCGAGUACUGCCGGCCUUGCCGCCGCCGCGGGCGGCGGUGGCGGCGCCGUGUUUGCUGCCGGAGAUGACAUGAAAGUCGUGAAGGUUUCGGAAAUAAAAGUGGUGCGGUGGAGCGACAGGAGGAAGUGUCCUCCGUGGCAUGUGAACUCUCUCGAGAAUAUAGUGCCGGAGAAUCUUCCCCGGCCACCAACUGGUCCGAGAUCCGACGGGCUUGUAGCUCAUAAAAAUGCUCCCAAGGCUGGGGAGUUUUCCGUUCGGUACAGAAGCAGCUGCUAUUCGCUUUAGGCGCCGCUCGCGUUAGUUUGCAGUCUUAGUUAUUUCACUUCUUUCUUUAAUACCUCGUGUAAACGAAACACAAACAUCUAGAUAUAUUAUUGAAAAUAUAUAAUUAGCAAAUGAUGCGUCCACUGCUA